AUGGUGACAGUGACUGGUAGCGGGAUGAGCGGUAGUGGUGGCAUGAUUUGUGACUGGUGGCGGUGGUGUACAGAAUCGGCCGGAGGUAGUAUGGGUUGUGCUGGUGGUAGUAGUUGUAAGGUGAAGCUGUUGGGGAGUUGCAGGGGCUGUGUAUGUGGGUAUGGGGUUUUGUUUAUUCUCACAAAAUCUUGGCGGAGGAAGAAAUCAAUAGCUUCCAGGUACCGUACUAAUUUUAAAAUAUUUUGGUUGCAGGGUGGUGUCCCUCUGGUUUUGUCCACUGCUGCUCCAACACCACUCGUGACUCAAGCUACUGGAGUUAUGCAGAGCUCCCAGCAACCACUUCCAGUUUUCCGGCAACCAACUGGGAUGCAUUUACCACACUAUCCUCCAAACUACGUUCCAUAUAGUCCAUAUUUCUCUCCAUAUUAUGUCCCACCAGCAGCAGUUCAUCAAUUCUUAGCUACUGGUGCAUUACCUCAGCAACCUCAGGCUGGAAGUAUGUAUCCAACCCCACCUGGGGCAACUGCCAAAUAUUCAGUUUCUCAAUUUAAGCAGGGGCCUAAUGCAGGAAACCCAACCUACAUGGGAGUGCCGGGCAGUUACGGGCCAUAUGGCCUUUCCAUGGCCAACUAUACUUCCAGUUCAGCCACUACAGUUGUUACUUCAACGUCUAAUGAGGAUCUUGCCGCCCAUCAAGUUAAAGAAAAUAGUCUCUAUGUCAGUGGUCAACAGAGUGAGGGUUCAGGCGUAUGGUUUACAACUCCCAGUCAGGAUAUUUCUUCCUUACAGGCUAGUUCGUUUUACAAUCUUCCUCAGAGUCAGCUUCCUUUCACUCCAACGCAGCCUGGCCACGGCACAUUUGCAGGUAUGUACCACCCUUCACAGGCAGCAGCAACUGUUCACCAUCUUCUGCAACAAUCUCAAACCAUUACAAGUCCUGUCGAUAUGGUUGGACCUCCAACUAGUGUUUAUCAGCAACCACAGCAUACUCAACUCAACUGGUCUAGUAACUACUGAAUGAGGAGACGUUUCUUUUGAAAAUCAAUUACAUUUUAGAGUUCCAAUCUUGAAUCGUCUAAUGUGACGUCAAACAAGUUUUGAUUUGAAGAAACAAGUGCCGGACCCAAGUGUAAAUUUAUGGAAGGAGCCAAUAUAUUGUGACAUCUUUUUAGUC